CUUCAUUUACAAACUACAGAUGUUUUGUAACAAUGGCACUAAAUGAUACUGUGGAACCACAACUUGAUGAGCAGUGAAUAUAAGAUUUAGCAGCACAUCUAGGUAAAGAUCUGCUGUACCCUAGCGUAGAUAACACAAUGCUGGCAAACAACACCUCAGAUUACGCAAUGGGACUACUGGACAAUUCUCUGGACUAUUUUGGGGUCAACAAGUCUCGAAAUAAUACUUCUGCUGAUUCACCAGGAAUUUCCAUCUUUAUUUCUUUUGUUUACUCCUUGGUUUGCAUUGUAGGGUUGUGUGGUAACUCUGUUGUGAUAUAUGUUAUCCUGCGAUAUGCGAAAAUGAAGACUGCCACCAAUAUCUACAUUUUAAACUUGGCCAUUGCUGAUGAACUCUUGAUGCUGAGUGUACCUUUCCUGGUCACCUCUACUCUUCUCCGACACUGGCCGUUUGGAGCUCUAUUGUGUAGACUAGUCCUUAGUCUGGAUGCCAUGAACAUGUUUACCAGUGUCUACGGCCUUGCUGUUCUGAGCUUAGAUCGUUACGUGGCUGUGGUGCACCCCAUCAGUGCUGCCCGUUACCGACGGCCAAGUGUGGCCAAGAUGGUGAACCUUGGCGUUUGGAUCUUUUCAAUCAUUAUAAUCCUACCCAUUGUAGUUUUCUCUAGUACUGCUCCAAACAGUGAUGGCACAGUGGCCUGCAACGUGAUAAUGCCUGAACCCUCACAACGCUGGGUUGUGGUCUUUGUGCUUUAUACGUUCUUCAUGGGCUUUCUCUUACCUAUGGCUGCCAUAUGUCUCUGUUAUAUCCUCAUUAUCACAAAGAUGAGAGUUGUAGCACUCAAGGCUGGUUGGCAGCAGCGGCGACGCUCUGAGCGUAAACUCACACUCAUGGUAACUGUAGUAGUGACCGUUUUUGUGGUUUGUUGGAUGCCUUUUUAUGUAGUACAGCUAGUGGGUGUUUUUGCCAGUAGAAGUGAUACCACAAUUAGCCAGCUUUCCGUUGCACUUGGCUAUGCCAACAGCUGUGCCAAUCCUUUCCUUUAUGGCUUUCUGUCAGACAAUUUUAAACGUUCAUUCCAGAAGGUCCUGUGUCUUAGCUGGAUGGAAAAUGACACAGAAGAACCAGUGGACUAUUAUGCUACUGCAUUAAAAAGUAGAGCUUACAGUGCUGAGGAGCUGCAGAAUGGUAUGCUGACAACAGGCAGUACGUACCGUAAUGGGACUUGCAGUUCCAGAACUCACUAAAAUCUAUGCACGGACAUUACUAAAAAAAAAAAAAAUACUUUUUUCCCCC